CGGACCUCUUACUUUCAGCUCUUCAGCACUUGUCUGUCCUCUUCACACUCAAUUCCUUCAUUCUCUCUUCCUUUUUCUCAGCUUUCUAUUUAACUACUCUCAAAGGAACCGUUACUUUGCUUCUCUUAAGCGUCUUACUCUCUCUAUUCUGAGACUCUCUCACACUUUUUUCCUCCCAAUGGAAGCAUCGGAUUUCUUCGUCAGCGGCUAUUUCUCAAAUGCCGGAGACGAACAGAGUCCGAAUAACAACAAUAAUAAUAAUAAUUUCACUGUUGAUGACCUGUUAGAUUUCUCUAAGGAAGAUGAAGUCAUGACCGACGCUUUUUUUGAUAGUAUCACCGGUAAUUCUGCUGAUUCCUCCACUGUUACCGUCGUCGAUAGCUGUAAUUCCUCUGUUUCCGGUGAAAAUGGCCAUUUCAACGGUAACCUCAGCUGCCGCAGCUUCACCGACGCUCCGUUCCCCACCAGCGAACUCUGCGUUCCGUAUGAUGACUUGGCUGAGCUUGAAUGGCUGUCCAAUUUCGUGGAGGAAUCAUUCUCAAGUGACGAUGUUCAAAACCUUCAGCUCAUCCCUGUAACAAACAUUAAUUCCGCCGCAAACAACACCACCGACAGUUCCUCCUCCGCUUCCACUAUUUCCGCCGGAACUAACUCACCACCGGCUUUUCCCGCCGACACUUCUGUUCCUGGCAAAGCUCGCAGCAAGCGCUCACGCGCCGCCCCCUGCGACUGGUCCUCGCGCCUCCAGCUGCUCCUCUCCCCUACCACGUCAUCAUCUGAGAGCAACAACUCCGCUGCCAAUAACAACACUUCAGCGACGGUCAAAGCCACCAAAGCACCGUCGAAGAAGCGAGAGAGCAUCGAAACGCCGGGACGCAAAUGCCUGCACUGUGCUUCUGAAAAAACACCGCAGUGGCGCACAGGACCUAUGGGUCCGAAGACUCUGUGCAAUGCAUGUGGAGUCAGGUACAAGUCCGGCAGAUUAGUGCCGGAGUAUCGGCCGGCGGCGAGCCCGACGUUUGUGUCGGCGAAGCACUCCAAUUCUCAUCGGAAGGUUCUGGAACUUCGGAGGCAAAAGGAAUUCCAAAGACACCCAGCACAUCAUCAUCAACAUCAGUUGAUUAGUCAAACCUCAAUUUUCGGUGUAUCAAACGGUGGUGAUGAUUUCUUGCUUCAUCAUCAUCAAAACUGUGGUCCUAAUUUCAGGCACCUCAUUUAGUACGGAUCAGCUAGUGUAGGGGAUAAUUUUCCACGUUUAAAGUUUGAGUUAAUUAACAUCCAUUUUCCUAAUUAUCUAGUCUUAGAAAUUUGAAUAUCAGGAUUAAGAAAAAAGGGGGUCCUAGCAAACCCAGAGGAACCCCAAAAAAAGAAAUAGAUUAAACGCAAAUUAGACAUUAGUCCUCUGUAAUGUUUCUCCUAAUUUUGGUAUUAAUUCAUAGAUUUUUUGAAGACUA